UUAUUUCGUUUGCUUGUUAAUAAAAUGGUAAUAAAAGAAAAAAAAAUAAAAUAAAUAACGGGGAAGAAAGGAGCGGAAAGGAUGCCCGGUUCAGAGCGUGUCGCGGAGGAGGAAUGAGUAGCGCCGGGGUUUUCCCUUCCCCAAAGUUUCCCUCCCCGACCGUCACCGCGACCGUCCCGUCCGAGCAGGGCGGCAGAGAGGGAGCGGGGCUGGAGCAGAGGGAAGUUGGCAGAGCAAAGCUUGCGCUGGGCUGUGGAAGCAGAGGAUUUAAAAUCUUAUAGAUAUAGAUGCGUAUUGCUCUUUAAAGGUAAUUCUGGCCGAGAACCGGUUUAGUUUCCAUCUUGCCCCCGCACCCAGAAGUGCCGGGAAGAACACAGAAAAUACUCUGCGAUUGUUCAGUUGAUGUUAUGUGGUGUCAGAUGUGUUGGAGUGGAAAUCUAGUGGCAGGUGUUGAAGGGAAGAAAUGAGCUGGAAUGGUUAUUACUGUGGUGGCAGGGAAAACGUAUUGUUCUUCUGUAUGGCAAGGGUGUUACUGGUAUUACUUGUUGUAAGAUCUGACAUAUUUUAAGUGUGUUUCUUAAUGGCACUGAGCACGUCAAAGCUGUUUGUAGAACACCUUUGCUUAAAAAAUGGGGAGUUUUACAGGCACAAAUUAAAAACUUGACUUGGCUCAUGUAAAUAAAAGCAAAAUGGGGAGAGCUCUGCUGCGCUUCAUCAAGGUGAUCAUGAUUUUAUUGAGGCAACCCCGAGGGGAACAGUGACACACUGGGAGCACUGUGAGAGAGAAUGAAAGCUAAAUUAAAGCAAAACUUAUGCAAUCAAAGUGUGGCUGCAAUGGGAAUAAAUCAGACCUUUCAGUUUUAUUUUUCUUGGAGAUUUGGGUGGAAGAGGUGGAGAUGAGCUUCUAAAAAGCAAAGAAAUACACAAGCCAGGCACAUCUAUGGCAACAGGUCUCAUUUUGCCAUGCAAAGGGUGAGCUGAGCCUUGUGAGUGCUUGAGCCAAGCUUUUCCAGUCACAAGUGGGGCAGUGGCUGCUCCUGCAGACAAGCCUUGGAUCUGGAGUUGGUGGCCCUGAUUUCUCCCACCGCCAGCCUGGCGAGCAGCUCUUCCCAAAACACAGGGCGGAUGGUGGAAUAAACACAGUGAUUCAAAGAGGAUUUGUCAAUACUAAAAAUAAGCAGGCCCACAGAUGUGUCCUAGGGGGUCAUGUCCAGGCACAGCAUUUUCGGGACCAAUGAGCCGAUUUCGGUGAUUUUCUGUCUGUGUGUCCUGUCCAAGGUGCUGAAGUUCAUUUUGCUGUAAUUUCCCAGGAUUUUGGGGUUUGGCAGAAGUGGUCUUGGAGACUUCCUGUCAUCUUAAACCAGCGAGGGGUUCCCCCCCGGGUUGUAUGAAGAAAAAGCAGGGAUGUGUUUUCAGACACGUAUGUUUGAUCCGUCCUUUUGGCGUGGGGAAGCAGACCAGGUGGAGACGCAGAUGGAUCCAGCAGAUCCUAUAAGCUUAUGGUGGCAGAGAAUUGGAAAGGUCAGAGCUGUGAGGCAGUGAGGAGUGAAACCCUCUUGCUCUGAUGGACCAAGGAAGUGGUGGUUUUGGAAGUGUCACUUCUGCUGGUUCGGGUGCAUUGCCUUGAUGAGACUCCUGGUUCCGAAAACACUGAAGGGAGCCCAGAGUCAGGAUAAGAUGGGAAUGAUACAACUGGAAUUGGAGUGAUGUCCACUGGUUUUGUUAAUAUUUUUUUAUUCUGGUACAGUUUUUUUUUAAGUGGAAAAUGUGGUUGACAGAGAGUUUCAGAGACAGAGGGUCCUCAAUAAAAAAUGUCGUGUGUUUUUGGGGCAAAUGUCUCAACACGUAAGCAGUGGAAGUUGUGGUAUUUUUAGAUUAAUGUGCCAAAAGGUCUCAGCCUUGAGUAGUGGAGUUUAUGUAACUUUGGUAGGGGGCAGAUCACAGUACUGCCAGAAAUAAUCACAGAUUAAUGUUUUACUGAACUUGCUCAUGAUUGGAGUUGGAUGUUGUAACACGGUUUUUCUCAGUUCUUGCCGCUCACUCUGAAUCAUCCAUAGUGCAGCUUUGCUCUUCUGUCUGAGGCUCUGAGGGUUUUACAAGCACCAAGGGUCAGCUUCUAAAGCUGGAGUUCUCACACAGAAGUGGUUUGUGCUGCAAGGAGCCCUGCAGAUUUAAAGCAUGCCAGGGCUCUGUACAGUGUGGCAGGGAACGGAUCCUGUUUCAUGCCCUCAAUCAUUCGUCAGAGGUCACAAAGGUAUUCAGUUGCAUCAUUGGGUAUGUAGCCUAAAUACCUUGACCAUGAAGGGGGUAUGUAGACCACGAGACUUUGUGACUCUGAAUGACAGCUCAUGGGUACAGACUUUAAAACUGCAACAGAGUUGAGAGCAUUUUAUUCCUGGCUUGAACGAGAAAGUGGCCUCGGUUCUUGCUGUGAUGGACUAACACCUGUGGCACCAGCUCCCAGCUGCCAAGACCUUUACAUGUUACAGGAAAAGCUGUUUCCACUACUAGGAGUAAAGACCAGUAAAGACAGAGCAGGAUGAAAAGAUGGCUGACUUCUUGUUACCACCGGGUACUAACAGCUUCCACCGGUUCACGCCCGAGUCCUUGGCUGCCAUCGAGAAGCGAAUUGCAGAGAAGCUCGCAAGGAAUGCCAAGCAGGAAUACAGAGAGCAGCUGGGCGAGGAAGAGAAACCUCAGCCUCAGUUUGACUUGCAAGCUUGCAAGAAGCUGCCUGAUAUAUAUGGGACUGUUUCUCCAGAGCUCAUUGGGGAGCCCUUGGAGGACAUCGACCCUUUCUACAAUGACCGUAAGACAUUUAUAGUACUGAACAAAGGGAAGACAAUCUUUCGAUUUAGUGCCACUCCUGCCUUGUAUAUACUUAGUCCUUUCCAUCCAAUCAGAAGAGCAGCAAUUAAAAUUUUGGUACAUUCAUUGUUCAGUAUGUUUAUUAUGUGCACUAUUUUAACUAAUUGUGUGUUCAUGGCACAAUCAGAGACUCCGUCAUGGAAUAAAUAUGUUGAGUACACUUUCACUGGCAUUUACACUUUUGAGUCAUUGAUAAAAAUAUUGGCGAGAGGAUUUUGCAUGACAGAAUUCACCUUCCUUCGGGAUCCGUGGAACUGGCUGGAUUUCAGUGUUAUUGUCAUGGCAUACAUAACUGAAUUUGUGGACCUGGGCAAUGUCUCAGCCUUACGAACGUUCAGAGUACUGCGGGCGCUGAAAACAAUCUCAGUCAUUUCAGGACUGAAGACCAUUGUAGGGGCUCUUAUCCAGUCUGUUAAGAAACUUGCAGAUGUGAUGAUCCUGACCGUUUUCUGCUUGAGUGUCUUUGCCCUCAUAGGCCUCCAGCUCUUCAUGGGAAACUUGAGACACAAAUGUGUCAGGGAUUACACCAUGUUUAACUUCACCAAUGGCUCCUUGUACUUGGAUGGUAGGACGUGGAACAACUCAGAGGAAUUUCUUAGUGAUCCAGUGAACUAUUUCAUAAAAAAUGGUACAGAAGAUGUGUUACUGUGUGGCAACAGCACUGAUGCUGGCACGUGCCCUGAGGGAUAUAUAUGUCUGAAGGCUGGGGAAAACCCUGACCAUGGUUACACAAGCUUUGAUACUUUUGGUUGGGCUUUUCUCUCCUUGUUUCGUCUUAUGACUCAAGAUUACUGGGAACGUCUUUACCAACAGACUCUCAGAUCUGCUGGGAAGAUCUACAUGCUUUUUUUCAUGCUGGUCAUCUUUCUGGGCUCGUUUUACCUGGUCAAUCUGAUUCUGGCUGUUGUGGCUAUGGCAUAUGAGGAGCAGAACCAAGCCACUAUUGCUGAAACAGAGGAGAAAGAAAGAAAAUUUCGGGAAGCCAUGGAGAUGUUGAAGAAAGAGCAAGAGGCACUUGCCACUAAAGGAAUUGAUUCAAUGUCACUCAGCUCAUUGGAAAUGUCACCUAAAAGUGCAAAAGAAAGAAGAAAUAAGAGAAAGAAAAAGAAAUCUUUAGGGGCAGAUGAGUAUGGGGAAGACCAAAGGAAUCCCAAGUGUGACUACGAUGAUGGUCAAAGGAGGAUGACCUCCCCCUCGGAUGAGGCAAGCAAGAAACAGCUUUUAAUGCCCCACCGGCCCUCAGUGGACCACUCAGACGAGCCCUUUCAGAGGCAGAGGGCAGUGAGUGCUGUCAGCAUCAUCACCAGUGCCCUGGAAGAGCUUGAGGAAUCACACCAGAAAUGUCCUCCCUGCUGGAACCACUUUGCUGUUAAAUUCCUCAUUUGGGAUUGCUGCCCGCUUUGGCUUUUAAUCAAGAAAUUUGUCAAAUUUGUGGUAAUGGACCCAUUUACCGACCUCACCAUCACCCUCUGCAUUGUGCUGAACACGCUCUUCAUGGCCUUGGAGCAUUACAAGAUGACGAAGGAGUUUGAGCACAUGCUGUACAUAGGCAAUUUGGUCUUCACUGGGAUUUUCACAGCAGAAAUGAUCUUCAAAGUAAUUGCCCUCGACCCCUACUACUAUUUCCAACAGGGCUGGAAUAUUUUUGACAGCAUAAUUGUUAUUCUAAGCCUGAUGGAACUGGGUUUGUCCAGCAUGGGAAACCUGUCUGUUUUACGCUCCUUUCGACUGCUGCGAGUCUUCAAGUUGGCAAAGUCCUGGCCGACCUUAAACACACUCAUUAAAAUCAUUGGUAACUCAGUGGGUGCCCUCGGUAACCUCACUCUCGUGCUGGCCAUCAUCGUCUUUAUUUUUGCCGUGGUAGGAAUGCAGCUUUUUGGGAAAAGCUACUUGGACAAUGUGAAGAAGAUAAGCACGACUGGCAAUCUGCCACGGUGGCACAUGAAUGACUUCUUCCACUCCUUCCUCAUCAUCUUCCGAAUUUUGUGUGGAGAGUGGAUCGAGACCAUGUGGGACUGUAUGGAAGUAGCUGGGCAGCCACUGUGCCUUCUCGUCUUCUUGUUGGUCAUGGUGAUAGGAAACCUGGUGGUGCUCAACCUGUUCCUUGCCUUGCUGCUGAGCUCCUUCAGCGCCGACAACCUCUCAGCCCCAGACGAGGACGGGGAGAUGAACAACCUGCAGCUCGCUUUUGCCCGCAUCAACAGGGGCCUUCAGUACGCCAAAAAAGCCGCGUGGAACUUCUGCUGCAACGUCCUCCGGCACCCCAAGACCACGGCUGAGAAGAAAGCGAUGAUGAAACUGGCGGCCCAGAACCCAGGAGCCCUCAACAACUGCGUGAACAGCCACACCACCGCCGAGCUUGGCAAAGACAUGGAGAACCACAAGGAGAACCGAGCUGAGGAUGGGGUGAAUAAAAAUGGAGAGAAACACCCGGCAAUUACAGAUGAUGACUUUAUGACCAAUCCUGACCUGUCCAUUUGUGUUCCUAUUGCUGUGGGAGAGUCGGAUAUCGAGGAGGAGGAUGAGGAGCAGAGCACCUUUACAGAAAUGGAGCAGCAGGAAAAGCAGCUGCAGCUGAGGGGGCAGCGAUGCCAAAGCCCAGGCGUCCGGAGUCAGAACUCUGAGAUUUAUGAAGAGUUAAGUGAGUUGCACGUGGAUAAGCAGUUGAAGGCUGAGCCACCACCUCCAGUAGGGCAAAAAGAGCUUGAUGAAAUCAGUCUUUCUGAAGGCAGCACAGUGGAUUUGACAAAUCCUGCAGAGCUGCUGGAGCAGAUCCCCGAGUUUGCUGAGGAGCUGAUGGAACCUGAAGAUUGCUUCCCCGAAGUCUGUGUGAGAUUCUUCCCAUGCUGUUCAGUGGACAUCACAAAAUUUCCAGGCAAAAUUUGGUGGAGGCUGCGAAAGACCUGCUACAGAAUUGUUGAGCACAACUGGUUUGAAACGUUCAUCAUCUUCAUGAUCCUGCUGAGCAGUGGAGCCCUGGCCUUUGAAGAUAUUUACCUUGAAGAUCGAAAAAACAUUAAAACCAUGCUGGAAUAUGCUGACAAAGUAUUCACUUACAUCUUCGUCUUAGAGAUGCUCCUCAAGUGGGUGGCUUAUGGCUUCAAGAAAUAUUUCACCAACGCCUGGUGCUGGCUGGACUUCCUCAUUGUAGAUGUCUCUUUAAUCAGCCUGGUUGCCAACACCCUUGGAUACUCGGAGAUGGGUCCCAUCAAAUCACUCAGGACCCUCCGGGCUCUGCGGCCGCUGAGAGCGUUGUCACGGUUUGAGGGGAUGAGGGUGGUGGUGAAUGCCCUUGUGGGAGCCAUCCCUUCCAUCAUGAACGUUCUGCUCGUCUGCCUCAUCUUCUGGCUCAUCUUCAGCAUCAUGGGAGUGAACCUCUUUGCUGGGAAGUUUGGGAAGUGCAUUAAUAAGACAGAAGGAGAUAUGCCUUUGGACUCUAAAAUUAUUAACAACAUGAGUGACUGCAUACUUUACAACGUGUCAGGCACGUUUUACUGGACAAAAGUUAAAGUUAACUUCGAUAAUGUUGGUGCUGGGUACCUGGCUCUGCUACAAGUGGCCACAUUUAAAGGCUGGAUGGAUAUUAUGUAUGCAGCAGUGGAUUCAAGAGAGUGCGAGGAGCAGCCUGAAUGGGAAUUUAAUUUAUACAUGUACCUUUACUUUGUGAUUUUCAUCAUCUUCGGGUCUUUCUUCACAUUGAACCUCUUCAUUGGUGUCAUCAUUGACAAUUUUAACCAACAAAAGAAAAAGAUAAGUGGCCAGGACAUCUUCAUGACAGAAGAGCAGAAAAAAUAUUAUAAUGCAAUGAAAAAGCUGGGAUCUAAGAAACCUCAAAAGCCAAUCCCAAGGCCACUGAACAAAUACCAAGGUUUUAUUUUCGAUGUCGUCUCGAAACAAGCCUUCGAUGUCUCCAUCAUGAUUCUCAUCUGCCUUAACAUGGUUACCAUGAUGGUGGAAACAGAUGACCAAAGUCAGGAAAAAGUGAACAUCCUCCACAAAAUCAACAUGCUUUUUGUUGCCAUCUUCACCGGGGAGUGCAUCUUCAAAAUGCUGGCUCUGCGACACUACUACUUCACCAACGGCUGGAACAUUUUUGACUUUGUGGUUGUGAUUCUGUCCAUUGUAGGCACCGUACUUUCUGACAUCAUCCAGAAAUAUUUCUUCUCUCCCACACUCUUCAGAGUCAUUCGUUUGGCUCGGAUUGGCCGGAUCCUGAGACUCAUCCGGGGAGCCAAAGGAAUUCGAACUCUGCUCUUUGCCUUAAUGAUGUCCCUACCUGCCCUGUUCAACAUUGGCCUCUUGCUGUUUCUGGUCAUGUUCAUUUAUGCCAUUUUUGGCAUGGCUAACUUUGCCUAUGUGAAGAAGGAGUAUGGGAUUGAUGACAUGUUCAACUUCCAAACCUUUGCUAACAGCAUGCUCUGUCUCUUCCAAAUCACCACAUCAGCUGGCUGGGAUGGUCUUCUCAAUCCUAUUUUAAACACCGGACCACCGUAUUGCGACCCAAACCUUCCCAAUGCAAAUGGUUCAAAGGGAGACUGCGGGAGCCCUGCCGUAGGGAUUUUCUUCUUUGUUACGUAUAUCAUUAUAUCAUUUCUCAUUGUUGUAAACAUGUAUAUAGCCAUUAUUUUAGAGAACUUCAGUGUAGCCACUGAGGAAAGUACAGAGCCUCUAAGCGAGGAUGAUUUUGAUAUGUUCUAUGAAAUCUGGGAGAAGUUUGACCCCGAAGCCACUCAGUUUAUUGAGUAUUCUGCACUUUCAGACUUUGCAGACGCGCUGUCAGAACCUUUGCGCAUAGCGAAACCAAACAAAAUCAAACUCAUAGCGAUGGACCUGCCCAUGGUCAGCGGAGACAGGAUCCAUUGCUUGGAUAUUUUGUUUGCUUUUACAAAAAGGGUGCUAGGAGAAUCCGGAGAGAUGGAUGCCCUUAAAAUACAGAUGGAAGAGAAGUUCAUGGCAGCGAAUCCCUCUAAGAUCUCCUACGAGCCGAUUACAACCACCCUCAGGCGGAAGCAAGAGGAGGUCUCCGCCAUCGUCAUCCAGAGGGCCUACAGGAGACAUUUGUUCCGGCGCUCCAUGAAGCAGGCAUCCUACUUGUACCGGCACAGAACUUUGGAAAGCAGCAUCCUGGAGGACGAUGCGCCCGAGAAGGAGGGUCUCAUUGCGUUCAUGAUGAACGAAAACUACGGCAGGCCAAUAGACAAAUCAGAAACUCUGUCCUCCACCUCUUUCCCUCCAUCCUACGACAGCGUCACCAGAGGCACGAGUGAGAACCUCCAGCUGAAGAUAACGGACCUGAGCAAAAGCGAUGAGGCUAUAGAUUGUCUCCUCUCACCUGACAAGGAUAAAGAAUCAAUUGUUUAAGUGUUUGUUUAGAAUGCUUUAAAACAUUGUUUACAGAAUGUAAUGCUGUAACUACACAACGAUUGAAGCAGCCUUCUUAUUAAAAAUUAGUUGCAAAAGAAACAGUGGAGUUUUUACCCUUAACUACAGGAGUCUAAUAAGUCAUAUAACAUUUGACCCUGCUCUUUUUGACUUGGCUCAAUAUUUAUAUUUAUAUAUGCACAGGAAGAUUCUCUGCAGGGUCAUAGCUGUUAUAUCAAUGGUGUGAAUAAGAAUAGGCUAGACUGUAAAACAGUAAACACAGUGUAUAUCUAUCUACAGAUAAAGCCUGGCUGUAUACAUUCAUUUAAGGUCUUACUCAUAUUAGUGUGUUUACUUAUGGCGAUGUAUGACCUUGCAUUCUAAAAAGAAAAAAAAAAUCACAGCUGCUGUAGCAAAAUGUAACACUUACUGUAUAUGUUGUGAAUGGUCUUUCAUAAAUUUAUUAUAUUUGAUAUUUUUUUACUUAAAAAAAAAAAAGAA